GCCUGGUUGUCGGUGAGGCCAGGUCGGGCUGUAUGUCACUUCUAUAGAACACGAUCGUAUAACAGUCAAUGUUAGUUAUUCGCGAAAUAUAUUACGAGUCCGCAAAUACUAUUAUAUUUUUUUCGAAUAUAUAUUCUGUUUAUGAACUUGUCAGUGGUUGGAGUCGGCAAUUGGGAUUAAGGAUUCACUAGCACUAGAUAAAGAAGCAGGGAGGAUUAAUGGAGAGGAGGAAGCGAGUGGGAGGAUGAGCGAUGGAGGAGGCGAAGGAGGAGGGGGCUACGGCGGGGGUUUUCCUUCGCCGACCCCCUCCUCGACGGUCCCGGACGGCACCGACCCCAAGUCCGGGCUGCCGCCCUUCUCGUCCUUCCAGGAUGAGACGCCCAGGAACACCGACGGCGAAGCUCUCCAGACGUCCAGGCUCCUCGACAUCUCCUCCUGGGACUACUACGGUGAGGGGCUCAGUGGCAGGUUCCUGGACCGAGGGGACGGCUUCCCAAUGCUCCUACCCCAACCACAGUACCGCCCUUGGGAGAGCAAGGACCAGGAUUACCCCGGCUCUCCGGCCAACAAACUCCCGUCCUUCCAAUCCCAGUUCACCGCUUUCCCUCAAGAUCAGAAUGGUGACGGAACCGUCCUCACCACUCUGACCCCUGCACCAAGUUCUCCCAACUCCGGCCUACCGAGCUUCCACACGUUGUCCACAGUGCCCCCACGGGGGUAUCCCCUGGUGCCGGCCCCGGUCCAGGCUCGGGAGAUACCCAGCAUACAGCAACAGCUCCUGGACGAGAGGCACAUUCACCUCUUCCAGGGGCCGCAGCAGUAUCACCAGCUGGGGUCUUACCAACCUCAGCAACAGACCACCCUCCUCACCGUUGUAAAGACUGAGCCCCUCAUCGUGACCCAACUCCAGCCAAGCUAUGAGCACCACGAGCUCAAGAUGGAGGACAGCGGGUCACCAAGAGGUUACCUCGACUCGAGGAAGAAGGAAAGGAGGAAAUUCAGAGCCGCUAGCCUGGAGAGUUCGAACGAGAGCGACGGAGUGGGUAGUUCGAGCGUCGAAAGUUCAGGACAAGUAGCGGCAAUCUCUAGCACGGCGGGAUUCAAGAGCCCACUCGCCUGCCAUCAGAACCCCAACAUGCACCCGGAGGACGAUCUCCACGACUUGACUGAUAAACCGGCCAAGAAAAAACGCAAACGGUGUGGUGAGUGCAUCGGGUGUCAGCGAAAAGACAAUUGUGGGGAUUGCGCACCAUGUAGGAACGACAAGAGCCAUCAGAUAUGCAAGAUGCGGCGCUGUGAAAAAUUAACCGAAAAAAAGGCAAUAUCCUUCUACGCCGGGACUCUUAUCAACUUCCGCCCCGGACGUUGCUCUUCUGGUGCCGUACUCGAUUAAUUCGCAAGAGUGGGUGGUGAUCCGGCUUGUGCGCAAAAUGUUUGUCCAGCUUGCGCAUGUAACGAAGCGACUUGCUCCGCAACCAGCGACAGAUGAACAAACCCGGAGACGCCAAAUAAGAGACGCUCUAAGUCGCUGUUGACACAGCCCUGUCUACACACAGCCUUCUCGUUAGUAGCCGGCAUUAUCCGACCAAACAGCAAUCCUCGUCCCUUCUUCAAUUAUGCGAUCCGGCAUAUACUUAAUACGAUUUGCCAAAUUGCACAUGUUUGAGAAAUUUAUAUUUAAAUAACAAAGCGCGCUUUCAUCAUUCUCUUUACUUACAUCAUCAACAUGGCUUAUAUCUCGUGGAAUACAAUCAUUCGUGUUAAGUAUUAUAUGUUAGUAAUUUUUGAAAAUAAUAUUAAAAUGUAACACAGUCACAGAAAAAGCACCAAACUGUAACAAAUCACAUCAUUAAAAUU